AUGAGAAUCUACCAAUGUCACUUCUGUUCAUCUCCUGUGUAUCCAGGUCAUGGGAUCAUGUUUGUCCGUAAUGAUGCUAAGGAAUUCAGAUUCUGUCGUUCCAAGUGUCAUAAGAAUUUCAAACAGCGUCGUAAUCCACGUAAGUUGAAAUGGACGAAAGCUUUCAGAAAAGCUGCCGGCAAGGAGUUGGCUGUGGAUUCGACUUUGACUUUUGCACAGAGGAGAAAUGUGCCUGUUAGGUACAAUAGAGAACUAGUGGCCACCACUUUGAAGGCCAUGGCCAGAAUAGAAGAGAUCAGACAGAAGCGUGAAAGAGCCUUCUACAAGAAUAGAAUGAAGGGCAACAAGGAGAGAGACUUCCAGAGAGAUAUGAAGCUGGUGGAGUCCAACCCUGAAUUGCUGAGACUCAGAGAAGUUGAAAUCGCAACUAAGUUAGCCAAGGAACAAGCAAGCGAAGAAGAGGAGGAAGAAGAGAUGGAAGUCGAUUCAGAGGAAGAGGAGGAAGAACAAAGAGAAAAGCAAAAGAUCUUGUUGAAGAACAAGAAGAGAAAUUCAAAGAAGAUCGCAUUCUAA